CAGGUGCGGAUAAAAAGCUCGCCUGGGAAGGCAGGAAGACUGCCGGGCUAGCGUGUGCCAUUUUCUCUACCUGUCUUCCUGCAGGCCUGAGAUCAUUCUGCUCUGUGGGUCAGAGACAAAGCAGAUCAUGGAGACAGUGGCGAGGAUCAAGAGCUGCCUGGCUGCAGGGCUGCUACGGGACCAAGUGGCUAUAGUCACCGGCGGCGGUACAGGCAUUGGCAAGGCUAUAGCCGCCGAGCUGCUGCACCUAGAAUGUAAUGUAGUUAUUGCCGCCCGUCAGUUUGAUAGAUUAAAAUCUGCAGCGGAAGAGUUGAAUGCUGCCCGCCAGCCUUCUAACCCGGCCAAUGUUACUCCCAUCCAGUGCAAUAUUCGAAAAGAAGAAGAGGUUAACAGUUUGGUUAAAACUACAUUAGCUAUCCAUGGUAAGAUCAAUUUCCUGGUGAACAAUGGAGGAGGCCAAUUCUUAUCUCCUGCUGAACUCAUCACUUCAAAGGGAUGGAAUGCUGUGGUUGAAACCAACCUGACUGGCACCUUCUACCUUUGCCAAGCAGUUUUCAAGUCCUGGAUGAAGGAACACGGAGGGUCUAUUGUGAAUAUCAUUGUCAUGUUAAGUCAAGGAUUUCCUAAAGCUGUGCACAGUGGAGCAGCAAGAGCUGGUGUUGAAAAUAUGAGCAAAACCUUAGCAAUGGAAUGGGCCCACUAUGGAAUAAGAAUCAAUUGUAUCAGUCCUGGAGUAAUUUAUAGCCCAACUGCCUUUAGCAACUAUGAAAAUUCUGAAGAGUUUGACUUAAAACGUCUCUAUCAACAUUGCCCAGCUAAGAGAUUAGGUGUUCCUGAGGAGAUCUCUUCCGUCGCAUGUUUCUUGUUAUCUCCUGCAGCAUCAUUUAUUACAGGACACACUGUGGUUGUGGAUGGUGGUAAAACUUUGUACUCCCAACAGUUAGACAUACCAGACCAUGACAACUGGCCUGAUGGACCAGGGGACCUUUCUGCAGUCAAAAGAAUUAAAGCUUCCUUUAAGAAGGAAUCCAAACUUUAAACUGAGGAAAGUAAGAAAAUGAAGUCUUUUUUACUUUCAACCAAAGAAUGAAUUUUAUCAUUUUCUGGGGAUUUAUACUUUUUAUGGAAAAUUACUUGCUGCUUUUAAAAAUUAUAAAUUAUAUCUUGGCACAAAGUAUGAUUCCAAUGACUUUAAAAACAUGCCUUGACCCAUAUGUUUUUUAAUGUUUUUAAAAUGUUGAUGCAGAUGACUAACAAAUGGAAAAAAACCUAAACAUUAAGUGAUCACCUCUCCUGCCUUGAUCCUUACCUGUUAAAAUGAGGAACAUAGGGAAAGAUUAAAAAUGCACUUGUUUAUGGUAAAUUACCCCUUUAAGCAGUUGAAUGAAGCAAAAACAGUUAAGAAUGAUUGAUGGUGGUGUUCUCUUGUCCCUCUUAGAUUUAUUGUAUAGCCCCAAAAUGAGAGAGCAAGUCUGAAUAGUGAUGGGAUUGUGGAUUUUACAAGCACAUUUAUACAGCUCAGUUAUUUCGGGGUGGCAAUGUCUACUUUCUUUGUAUCAGUAAACUUAGAUUAUUUAAAAAAACUA